CGGCAGGCGGGAGGCGGGAGGCGGCGGCGGCAGGCGGCGGCCCCCGUCGCCCGCAGCGCGGACCCGGCUCUCGCCCGCCGCCGGGGCUCGGGCGCCCGGGCGGGGAUGGCGGCGGCGGCCGAGCCCCGGGCCCGCGCCUGGCUCGGCGGCGGCUCCCCGCGCUCGGGCAGCCCGGCCUGCAGCCCCGAGCUAGGCGGCCGAGGCCGCGCGCGGGCGGGAGCGGGGCCGGGCCCCGGGGCGGGCGGGAGCCACCCCCCCCAGAGCGGCCACAGCUUCCGGAAGGCGACGCUCACCAAGCCCACCUUCUGCCACCUGUGCUCCGACUUCAUCUGGGGCCUGGCGGGCUUCCUGUGCGACGUCUGCAAUUUCAUGUCCCACGAGAAGUGCCUGAAGCACGUGAAGACCCCCUGCGCGAGCGUGGCCCCCAGCCUCGUCCGAGUGCCCGUGGCCCACUGCUUCGGCCCCAGGGGGCUCUACAAGCGGAAGUUCUGCGCCGUGUGUCGCAAGGGCCUGGAGGCCCCCGCGCUGCGCUGUGAAGUGUGUGAGCUGCACGUUCACCCCGAAUGUGUGCCCUUCGCCUGCAGCGACUGUCGCCAGUGCCAUCACGACGGGCACCGGGACCACGACGCUCAGCACCACCACUGGCGGGAGGGGAACCUGCCCUCCGGAGCGCGCUGCGAGGUCUGCAGGAAGACGUGCGGGUCCUCAGACGUGCUGGCCGGCGUGCGCUGCGAGUGGUGCGGCGUGCAGGCCCACUCGGUCUGCUCCGCCGCGCUGGCCCCCGAGUGCACGUUUGGGCGCUUGCACACCCUGGUGCUGCCCCCGUGCGUGCGCCUGCUGUCCCGCAACUUCAGCAAGAUGCACUGUUUCCGCAUCUCGGAGAGCGCGGUCCCAGAGCCAGGUGACGACGACGACGGGGUGGACGGGAGCACCCCCGCUGGCCUGGGCAGGGAGGCCCCAGAGUCCAGCAAGCUGACCCUGAAGAUCUUCGACGGCAACGACGCUCUGCAGAGAAACCACUUCCGAGUCAUCAGCGUCCCGCGCCUGGCCAGGAGCGAGGAGGUGCUGGAGGCGGCGCUGCGGGCUUACUACGUCCUGGAGGACCCUCGGGACUUCGAGCUGCAGCCAGUCCCCGCGCCCGUGCCGGCGGGUGACUCAGGGGCGCGGGGCAGGCCGCGGGGGAGCGGGGCCGCAGAGGAGGAGGGCGGCAGAGGCCCCGAGGCCUGGAUCGUCCGCGCCGUGCCCCACGCGCAGGAGCUUCUGAGGAUCUACCCCGCGUGGCUCAAGGUGGGUGUGGCCUACGUGUCCAUCCGUGUGACCCCACAGAGCACGGCCCGGACCGUGGUGCUGGAGGUUCUCCCGCUGCUCGGGCGACAGGCCGAGGGUCCUGAGGGCUUCCAGCUGGUGGAGGUGCUCAUGGGGAGCCGGCAAGUCCAGCGGACGGUGCUGCAGGACGCAGAGCCCUUGCUCGCCCGGCUUCGCGACAUCCGGCAGACGUCCCUGCGGCAGAUGAGCCAGACGCGCUUCUACGUGGCCGAGAACAGGGUCGUGGCCCCGCACGUCUCCCUGUUUGUGGGGGGCCUGCCUCCCGGCCUGUCUGCCCAGGAGUAUGCCAGCCUCCUGGACGAGGCCGUGGCUGCCAAAGCUGGCCUGGUGUCUGUGAGCCGCGUCUACUCCUCCCAAGGUGCGGUGGUGCUGGACGUGGCCUGCUUCGCAGAGGCCGAGCGGCUGUACAUGCUGGUCAGGGACACGGCGGUGCACGGCCGGCCACUGAUGGCCCUGGUGCUCCCAGAUGUGCUGCACUCAAAGCUGCCCCCAGACUGCUGCCCCCUCCUCGUGUUCGUGAACCCCAAGAGUGGAGGCCUCAAGGGCCGUGACCUGCUCUGUAGUUUCCGGAAGCUGCUCAACCCUCACCAGGUCUUUGAGCUGACCAACGGGGGGCCCCUCCCCGGGUUCCACGUGUUCUCCCAGGUGCCUCGCUUCCGGGUGCUGGUGUGCGGAGGGGACGGCACUGUGGGCUGGGUGCUUGCUGCCCUGGAGGAGGUGCGGCCCCGCCUGGCCUGCCCGGAGCCCUCCGUGGCCAUCCUGCCGCUGGGCACAGGCAAUGACCUUGGCCGGGUCCUCCGCUGGGGGGCGGGCUACAGCGGAGAGGACCCGCUGUCCGUGCUCGUGUCGGUGGACGAGGCUGAUGCCGUGCUCAUGGACCGCUGGACCAUCCUGCUGGACGCCCACGAGGCCGGCGGUGGGGAGACCGGUGUGGCGGACGUGGAGCCCCCCAAGAUCGUGCAGAUGAGUAACUACUGUGGGAUCGGCAUCGACGCAGAGCUGAGCCUGGACUUCCACCAGGCCCGGGAGGAGGAGCCUGGCAAGUUCACAAGCAGGUUCCACAACAAGGGCGUGUACGUGCGGGUGGGGCUGCAGAAGAUCAGCCACGCCCGCGGCUUGCACAAGGAGAUCCGGCUGCAGGUGGAGCAGCAGGAGGUGGAGCUGCCCAGCAUCGAGGGUCUCAUCUUCAUCAACAUCCCCAGCUGGGGGUCGGGGGCCGAUCUGUGGGGCUCCGACAGCGACUCCAGGUUCGAGAAGCCGCGCAUGGACGACGGGCUGCUAGAGGUGGUGGGGGUGACGGGCGUCAUGCACAUGGGCCAGGUCCAGGGGGGGCUGCGCUCCGGCAUUCGCAUCGCCCAGGGCUCCUACUUCCGGGUCACCCUGCUCAAGGCCACGCCCGUGCAGGUGGACGGCGAGCCCUGGGUGCAGGCCCCCGGGCACAUGAUCAUCUCGGCCGCAGGCCCCAAGGUCCACAUGCUCAGGAAGACCAAGCAGAAGCCCAGGAAGGCCGGGGCCCCCAAGGAUGCCCGAGCAGACGGGGUGCCCGCCCCUGAGGGGGACCCCAAGUAGAGGAGGGCCCGCAGCAGCCUGCGUGUCCAAGGGCGGCCGCGACCGGCGCUGCAUGGACUUGCUGCUGGUGGAUGGAGGGGCGUCCCCUCAUCCCCGGGCCACAUGGAAGCUGCUGCUGGGUGGCGGGUGCGGACCUGCUGCCCUCUGAUCCCGGGAUAGGGUUGGUGUAGGGCUUUGGCCAGAGGUCCCGGCCGUCCCUGCUCCGCGUCCCCUGCCACCUGUGAGCCCGCCCGCCCUGGGCCGCUCCUCCACGGCCGCCGGCUCUGUGGGCCCUGGGGCUGCCGCGGCCACCGGUCCCCUGGCUGCUGUCCGCGGACGGCUGGCUGGGGCCUCGCGGUGACCGAGGGCACCUGGGGAUGGGGGCCGCGGCCACGGGGCUGGCCCCCGCCCUGACGAUGGAGCGGACGGGAGCCUGGGAUGGGAGCACCGCUGGAGGCCCCGAGGAAGUUUACAGGGUGUGAGGUGGGAGGAGUUUUAAUCGUCUGCUUGUCUACACUGCACCUGCGUCUACACUGCGCCCGCAGGGGCGGCCCCAGCCCCUCAGCCUGGGGAGUCUCCUGCGCCCCGAGAGGCCCACCCACCGUGCACCUCCCGCUUGUCCUGGCGUCGCUGUCGGUGCCGGCUGGCCGGGCUGGGCCUGCCCCGUGUCCCCCGAGCUUCUGCCAAAACCACACAAAUGCACUGUCGCAGCCACUUGUGGCGGAACAUUCAUAUCUCGUGCCUCCAGCACACGGACGUGUGUUCGCUCUGACGUCCCCGUGGUGCCAUUACUUUUGCUUUGCAGGCCUCGGUGUGGGUUCUGGUCUGUCGUCGUGUGUCCUUCUGUAUUUAAGUGAGUCUGUGCGCCCCGACGGGGCAGUGUGCGCCUGGCAGCCAGGCCCUCGUGUGUACCUUGUCACUACCUGAAUGUAACCCUAAUUUAUAUCCAGGACAAAUACAGUCUGGGCACUGCUGUCC